UAAAAAGGGAUAGAGAGAAAUUAGGUUUUAUGCUUGAUUUGAUAAAGAUUCUCAGUUUACAACUUCUUGGGACUUGGCUAAAAAACGAAGGUGUUUGUUUAUCAGAGUUAACUGGUUUUUUUUGUUAAACAAAAAAAUGCAUGGUGGUGAUAUAUAUAAAGCUAGUAGUAGUAUACGGUUAGGGAGUUUAAGGGCACCAAGUGGAAGAACACCAAGUUUAAGAUCUGGAAGUACUUCUGUAUGGAGGAAUUCUGGCAAUGAUGUGUUUUCAAAAUCUUCUCGUGAAGAAGAUGAUGAAGAGGCUCUUAAAUGGGCUUCACUUGAGAAGCUACCAACUUUUGAUCGAUUAAGGAAAGGUUUGCUGUUUGGAUCAAAAGGACCUUCCAAUGAAGUUGAUGUCACUGAUCUUGGAUUUGAACAGAGACAACAUUUGGUUGAUAGACUUGUGAAGGUGGCUGAUGAAGAUAAUGAGAAAUUCUUGUUGAAGCUCAGAAAUAGAAUUGACAGGGUUGGGAUUGAUUUGCCUACAAUUGAAGUCAGAUUUGAACAUCUGACUGUGGAAGCAGAUGUCAAUACAGGAAGCAGAGCUUUGCCUAGUUUUAUAAAUUUCCACAUUGAUAUUUUGAGUGGUGUUGUUAAACCUAGCAGAAUGACAUUACUACUGGGCCCUCCAAGUUCUGGGAAGACAACAUUGUUGUUGGCCUUGGCAGGUCAGCUUGCAAAGGAAGUUAAGAGCUCGGGGAAGGUGACAUAUAAUGGCCAUGAGUUGCAUGAGUUUGUACCCGAAAGAACAUCUGCUUAUAUCAGUCAAAAUGAUGUCCAUAUUGGGGAAAUGACAGUUAGAGAAACCUUGGCUUUCUCUGCACGAUGCCAAGGAGUUGGGUCACAUUAUGAGAUGUUGGCAGAGUUGUCAAGAAGGGAGAAAGACGCAAAUAUUAAACCCGAUCCUGACAUCGAUAUCUUCAUGAAGGCUGCUGCAACAGCUGGACAAGAAGCUAGUGUGGUCACAGAUUAUACUCUCAAGUUAUUGGGGUUAGACAUCUGUGCUGAUACCAUGGUUGGGGAUCAGAUGAUAAGGGGUAUUUCUGGUGGACAAAAGAAACGUGUGACAACAGGUGAAAUGAUUGUGGGGCCAUCAAAGGUUCUUCUUAUGGACGAGAUAUCUACUGGUUUGGAUAGUUCUACAACUUUCCAAAUCGUGAAAUCACUUAAGCAGAUGCUACACAUUCUAGAAGGAACAGCCGUCAUUUCUCUCCUUCAGCCGGCACCCGAAACAUAUGACUUGUUCGAUGACAUUAUCCUCCUGACUGAUGGAAAGAUUGUGUAUCACGGUCCGCGAGAAAAUGUGCUUGAGUUUUUUGAAUCUAUGGGGUUCAAAUGCCCCGAGAGGAAGGGCAUUGCUGAUUUCUUGCAAGAAGUGACAUCAAAGAAAGAUCAAAAGCAGUAUUGGGUGAGAAGAGACCAGGCUUAUAGAUUUGUGACUGCUAAAGAAUUUGCUGAGGCAUACCAAUCCUUUCAUGUUGGAAGGAAAAUGGGUGAAGAUAUCUCAACGGCUUAUGACAAAUCAAAAAGCCAUCCGGCUGCUCUCACAACUGAAAAAUACGGUCUAAACAAAAAGGAGCUCUUGAAGGCUUGUACUGAUAGAGAGAUAUUGCUCAUGAAGAGAAAUUCAUUCGUUUAUUUCUUCAAGAUAUUCCAAUUACUUUUCAUGUCGCUGAUCACUAUGACUGUGUUCUUCCGUACUGAGAUGAAUAGAAAUGAUGCAGAAGAUGGUGCAUUGUAUACGGGUGCUCUUUUCUUUGGUGUUGUUAUAAUCAUGUUUAAUGGGAUGUCUGAAAUAUCAAUGACAAUUGCAAAGCUUCCUGUAUACUACAAACAAAGGGACUACCUGUUUUACCCCUCGUGGUCUUAUGCUCUACCCUCAUGGGUCAUCAAGAUUCCCGUUUCGUUUAUUGAAGCUGCUGUUUGGACAAUUUUCACCUAUUAUGUAAUCGGGUUCGAUCCUAAUGUCUCUAGAUUCUUCAAGCAGUACCUUAUUCUGUUGCUUGUUAAUCAGAUGUCUUCUGGAUUGUUUCGGUUCAUUGGAGCAUUGGGUCGUAAUAUGAUUGUUGCAAACACAUUUGGUUCAUUUGCGCUUCUCUUAGUCUUUGCUUUGGGUGGCUUUGUUAUUGUUCGAGAGGAUGUAAAGAAGUGGUGGUUGUGGGGAUACUGGUCAUCUCCAAUGAUGUAUGCCAUGAACGGAAUUGCUGUGAACGAGUUUCUUGGACAUCAGUGGAGAACACCAUGGAACAAUACCGAUACCGGAUUAAACGACACCACAUUAGGGAAAACAAUCAUCACAUCCGGAGGGUUCUUUGCGGAAAGUUACUGGUACUGGAUUGCAGUGGCUGCCUUGUUGGGAUUCAUUCUUGUCUUGAACUUGUGUUUCGGUUUGUCUCUCGCUUUCCUUGACCCAUUCGGGAAAUCUCAGUCGAAUGCAGCGCAGACUGAUGGUGACACAGAAGUUGAAUUGUCAGCCAUGACAACCGGAGAUGGUGCCACUCAGGCCAAGAAGAAAGGGAUGAUUCUGCCAUUUGAACCACAUUCAAUCACCUUUAAUGAUGUCAAAUACUCCGUUGAUAUGCCACAGGAAAUGAAAGAUCAAGGGGUGAGUGAAGACAGAUUACUGCUACUUAAAGGUGUGAGUGGAGCUUUCCGACCUGGUGUUCUUACAGCUCUCAUGGGAGUCAGUGGUGCUGGAAAAACAACUCUGAUGGAUGUUUUGGCUGGAAGAAAAACCGGUGGUUAUAUUGAAGGUGAUGUUAGGAUUUCCGGGUAUCCAAAGAAACAAGAAACUUUUGCCCGAAUUUCUGGUUACUGUGAGCAAAACGACAUCCACUCGCCACAUGUCACUGUUUACGAGUCUUUGCUCUAUUCAGCCUGGCUAAGGCUGGCUAAUGAUGUUGACGAAAAUACCCGAAAGAGUUUUGUUGAUGAGGUUAUGGAUCUGGUCGAGCUGAACCCAUUAAGAGACGCGUUGGUCGGGUUGCCAGGUGUCAAUGGGCUAUCGACUGAACAAAGAAAGCGGUUGACAAUAGCAGUUGAGCUUGUAGCCAAUCCGUCUAUAAUCUUCAUGGAUGAGCCAACUUCAGGACUUGAUGCUCGAGCUGCUGCUAUUGUCAUGAGAACUGUUAGGAACACUGUGGACACAGGAAGAACAGUCGUCUGCACCAUUCAUCAACCCAGCAUUGACAUCUUUGAAGCUUUUGAUGAGUUGUUCUUGAUGAAACGAGGAGGACAAGAAUUAUACGUGGGACCCGUGGGUCGUCAAUCUUGCGAGUUGAUCAAAUAUUUCGAGGAGAUCGAUGGGAUAAGCAAGAUAAAAGACGGAUAUAACCCCGCUACAUGGAUGUUGGAAGUCAGUACUUCAGCACAAGAAACGGCUUUAGGGGUAGAUUUCACUGAAAUCUACAGAAAUUCCGAUCUUUACAAGAGAAACAAAGCACUCAUCGUUGAACUGAGUGUCCCACGUCCCGGAACAAAAGAUCUCUAUUUCCCGACCCAAUACUCGCAGUCAUUCGUUAUUCAAUUCGUUGCUUGCCUAUGGAAACAACGUUGGUCCUACUGGAGAAACCCUCCUUACACUGCUGUCCGUUUCGUCUUCACCACCUUCAUUGCCAUCAUGUUCGGUACCAUGUUUUGGGAUCUCGGAAGCAAAAAGACGACUCAACGGGAUUUAAUAAACGCAAUGGGUUCCGUGUAUGCUGCAACCCUCUUCCUCGGAGUUCAAAACGCAUUAGCGGUGCAGCCGGUUGUAGAUGUAGAACGCACCGUCUUUUACAGAGAACGAGCGGCCGGAAUGUAUUCCGCUUUGCCAUACGCCUUCGCUCAGGUUCUGGUUGAAAUCCCAUACGUUUUUGCACAAAGUGCAGUGUAUAGUAUAAUAGUGUACGCGAUGAUUGGGUUCGAUUGGACAGCAGCCAAGUUCUUCUGGUACUUGUUCUUCCAGUUCUGCUCUUUACUCUACAUGACAUACUACGGAAUGAUGACAGUCGCCAUUACACCCAACGCCAACAUUGCUGCCAUCAUCGCCGCUUCAUUUUUCGGAAUCUUCAAUCUCUUUUCAGGGUUCAUUAUCCCACGACCUAGGAUUCCGGUGUGGUGGAGAUGGUACUACUGGGGGAACCCAUUGGCCUGGACCAUCUACGGCAUGGUUGCAUCGCAGUUUGGGGACUUCGACACCCAGCUUGGUGACGAGACCGUGAAAGGCUACUUGGAUCGGUAUUUUGGUUACAAGCAUGAUUUUCUGCCCGCGGUUGCCGGAGUGCAUAUCGGAUUGAUUAUGUUUUUCGCUUUCAUAUUUGCCUACUGUAUUAGAGCCUUCAAUUUCCAGAAGAGAUAAGAUCAUGCUGCCACGUCACCAUAAGCAAGCAUCUAUUAAGACAUGCGGAUAUUUAUUAUUAAGUUGUUGUGAAAUAUUGUAUUCUUAAUUAGCAAACAAUGAAGAUGGUGGUCUUUUUUGUAUGAUAAUGCGGUCGAGAUAAUGAGUCAGGAUUUAUAUCUGUAUUUUUUCAAUUUUGUAACUAAAAGAGAU